AUGGCACCCGCGAUUGGUAUCGAUCUUGGAACUACCUACUCUUGCGUAGGUAUCUUCCGUGAUGACCGCAUUGAGAUUAUCGCCAACGACCAGGGUAACCGAACAACACCUUCGUUCGUUGCCUUCACUGACACCGAGCGUCUCAUUGGUGACUCCGCAAAGAACCAAGUCGCCAUGAACCCCGUCAACACCGUCUUCGACGCAAAGCGCCUCAUUGGUCGCAAGUUCGCCGACGCCGAGGUCCAGGCCGAUAUGAAGCACUUCCCCUUCAAGGUCAUCGACAAGGGCGGCAAGCCAGUCAUCCAGGUCGAGUUCAAGGGCGAGGAGAAGACUUUCACACCCGAGGAGAUCUCAUCCAUGGUCCUGACCAAGAUGAGGGAAACGGCCGAGUCCUACCUCGGUGGCACCGUCAACAACGCUGUCGUCACUGUCCCUGCAUACUUCAACGACUCUCAACGUCAGGCUACCAAGGAUGCUGGUCUCAUUGCCGGCCUCAACGUCCUCCGUAUCAUCAACGAGCCCACCGCCGCUGCCAUUGCCUACGGUCUUGACAAGAAGACCGAGGGUGAGCGUAACGUUCUCAUCUUCGACUUGGGUGGUGGUACCUUCGAUGUCUCCCUCUUGACUAUUGAGGAGGGUAUCUUCGAGGUCAAGUCCACUGCUGGAGACACUCACUUGGGUGGUGAGGACUUCGACAACCGUCUGGUCAACCACUUCACCAACGAAUUCAAGCGUAAGCAUAAGAAAGAUUUGACCUCCAACGCUCGUGCCCUCCGCCGUCUCCGAACUGCCUGCGAGCGGGCCAAGCGCACUCUGUCCUCCUCCGCUCAGACUUCCAUCGAGAUCGACUCCUUGUACGAGGGUAUCGACUUCUACACCAGCAUCACCCGUGCUCGUUUCGAAGAGCUCUGCCAGGACCUCUUCCGCUCCACCAUGGAGCCCGUCGAGCGUGUCCUCCGCGAUGCUAAGAUCGACAAGUCCUCCGUCCACGAGAUUGUCUUGGUCGGUGGAUCUACCCGUAUCCCCAAGGUCCAGAAGAUGGUCUCCGACUUCUUCAACGGCAAGGAGCCCAACAAGUCCAUCAACCCCGACGAGGCUGUCGCCUACGGUGCUGCCGUCCAGGCUGCUAUCCUGUCUGGUGACACAUCGUCCAAGUCCACCUCCGAGAUCCUGCUUCUCGACGUCGCGCCGCUUUCCAUCGGUAUCGAGACUGCUGGUGGUGUCAUGACUGCUCUCAUCAAGCGCAACACCACUAUCCCCACCAAGAAGUCCGAGGUCUUCUCCACCUUCAGCGACAACCAGCCUGGUGUACUUAUCCAGGUCUACGAGGGUGAGCGUGCUCGUACCAAGGACAACAACCUGCUCGGAAAGUUCGAGCUUACUGGCAUCCCACCUGCUCCUCGUGGUGUCCCUCAGAUUGAGGUCACCUUCGACGUCGACGCCAACGGUAUCAUCAACGUCUCCGCCCUUGAGAAGGGUACCGGAAAGACCAACAAGAUUGUCAUUACCAACGACAAGGGCCGUCUUUCCAAGGAGGAGAUCGAGCGCAUGUUGGCUGAGGCCGAGAAGUACAAGGCUGAGGAUGAGGCUGAGGCUGCCCGUAUCUCGGCCAAGAACGCCCUCGAGUCCUACGCUUACUCGCUCCGCAACACUCUCUCCGACUCCAAGGUCGAUGAGAAGCUCGAUGCUGGCGACAAGCAGAAGCUCACCGCCGAGAUCGACAAGACUGUCCAGUGGUUGGACGACAACCAGACGGCCACCAAGGACGAGUACGAGUCUCAGCAGAAGGAGCUUGAGGGUGUCGCCAACCCCAUCAUGAUGAAGUUCUACGGAGCUGGUGGUGAGGGUGGCAUGCCCGGCGGUAUGCCCGGUGGCGGUAUGCCCGGCGGCGGUGCCCCAGGUGGUGCCGGCGGCGAUGACGGCCCCACCGUCGAGGAGGUCGACUAA